UACUGGUCUUACGGUGCACUCUUGUGCACGUUCACGUUCGUGACGAUCAUUUUCGGCAACCUGACGACUCAUUUGAUGACGAAUUUGGGUCAAAGGCUCAGAGCCACGACAAUUUUAGCUAUCUACGAAAGGGUAUUGGAGUUACCUGCUUCCGCUUUAAAUUCCGGUGAAGUUCUGAAACUAGUGACGUCGGAUGCAUCGCAAUGGCUGGAUUGUCUGCCCAGUUUCCAUCAGAUAUGGGCAGUACCCCUGACGGUUUUCGGUGCAGGGAUCUUUCUGUUUCAGCUUUUAGGCAGUGUAGUCGCUUCCAUAGGGCUUUUUUUCAUGUGUCUGAUGUGUCUGGUGAACGUCUUUGUCUCUCGAAUGGGUAACGAAGCGCGAAAACAGCGUAUGGCGGCCUCAGAGCGACGUAUUUUAGCUUGCAACGAGCUCUUGUCUGGGAUACGGAUCGUGAAAUUUUUCUGUUGGGAAGAAAGCUACCUCCAAAAAGUGCAGGAACUGCGCAAGGAGGAACUAGAUGCGGGAAGUAGAGAGCUAAUGCUCUUUUCUCUCAAAACCAUCUUACUAGCAGCCGUGCCAGGACUGGUAUCGAUCUUCUUCUUGCUAGCACCGGUGUGGUUCAACACGGUGUCUGGUAGUGGUUCAUCUUCAAGUAGUACCAGGAGCACAUCGAUGAUGUCUACAGCGACGGCUUUUUUGGUGACAAAUAUUUGUUACAAAAUCUCCCUACCCAUCCUUCAUAUGGCUAACGUGACAGGAAGCAUAUUCAGUUUGCUAAACAGUCUUGCGCGAAUGCAGGAGUUUCUGAGCCGCGGCGGGAAUAACAGUACAGGUACGGUUGGAGCUGGAGGUGACAGCACUAAGCGGAUAAGAGGAGAUGAUGUUGGAACAACAUUAUCAAUGAGCAAACCACUUCCAGCAAUUGAAAAAGAUACAGAACCUUGUUCAUCACCACGCGGCAAAACGAAGCGUGAGGCAGAGGCGGGAGAGCAGCUGAAGAUAGAUAGCGACACAGGCGAAUCAGGCGAGCCACUGCCGUUAGAACAAAUACACGCUUUCUCAGCGACAUCUUCAAUGUGCCUCGUGCCACCAUCCCCAGCUGAGAAAGAACAGAUGCUGAAGACGGAACAUCAACAAGAACUAGCAUUUAUCGCAGAGAGAGACAGAGAUGCGAGUAGACGUACAGCUUUUGUCGGUCUUCAACAAACUUCCUCUAGUAUCACGGAUCAGCAGGACAAUCAUAAUCAAAACGUAGUAGAACAAGGCGCAGUUUUAUCUCUCCACAAUGUAGCCGUUGGUUGGCGCGAAGGGGAUGAGCCUAUUCUGCAGAAUGUUGAUUUGCGACUACAACGUGGGGAAACGGUUGUGAUUAUGGGUCGCGUUGGUGGCGGGAAGUCCACACUGAUCAAAGCGAUACUGGGAGAAGCGAAGAUUUUAGAUGGUAGGAUAUCGUUGAUUGAAGAGCAAGAGCGCAUGUUGAGCGCGAAGGCGAACCGGGCGAAUGCUAAGUCUACUACUUGUAUUAAGAGUAGGUUAAAGGUGCCUUUCUUCCCGCUUUUUAUGCCUCUCCUAAGGGAGAAAGGCAUGAAGACAGGCGCGGUAAGCGAGCACCAAAAUAUACCUACCUCUAAUUCUAGGUCACCAACAACAGCAACUACAGCGUCCAGCACUUCUUUUAGAUUUAGUCCUCCACGUCCCCCGCCAAAAGUAAGCUACGUCUCCCAGUCGCCUUUUCUCUUCGCUGGCACAGUACGCGAAAACAUUCUUUUCUACCGCGAUUUGGAUGAGCACAAAUACGCGCAGUGCAUCUCCAUGAGCCACAUUGAAGCGGAUAUUCUCUACCAGUUUCCUCAUGGCGAUCAAACUCUAGUUGGUGAGCGUGGUGGCAAUCUCAGUGGUGGCCAGCGGAUGCGACUGUCGCUAGCAUUAAGGCUUCCUGUAAUUUUUCUUAAGAGGCAUCAAUCUUUGCCACGUUUUCAAGGGGAAAGCGCGCCGAAGAUGACUCUCAAGAUGAAUUUACGUAAGCUCUAAUAGCAAGAGCUCUGUACGAUUUUGAUGACACGGAAUUGUUUCUCUUUGACGACGUCUUUGCGGCAUUGGACAACAGGACUGCAGUGGACAUAUGCACGAAGUUGGCCUAUAACCAGAAACCGCAUCAAGCAUAUUUGUUCACGGCGAAUAAGGAUUUCUGGACUGUGCCGACAUCGUCGUCUGCUGUCGGGACGAACAACGAGGUGGAUCAUAGUACCACAGGGACAUCGUCUGCAGACGAGAACAAGGAUAUGAACAACGGAACGACGUCGAGCGCGGAAGAUAAUCAAGACCGACCUGCAGUUACCCCUAGUACAACUGUUUCUGGAAAUAGCGGGGGCAUUGUGAAAAAAUUUCGCGUUGACACAGCAGCACGACAAUUGCUCCCGUAUGUUGCACCGGUUGAAGGGGAUCAACAUCACCCAGGUUCGUUAAUGGUACAGCAACACCAUCUUUCACCAACCACUCGCGAACGUAACACGAUUCGAACUGGGGUCGUCGACCACGAUAGUGAAGUGCCGCCCUCUCUCGCUGAUUAUCAUAGGGCCUCCGAAUUGAGCCAACUGACCACUUUCGAUGAGUCGCCGAUUUCCAGAACUACGACAUUCCAGAUUGGAGCUACGGCGUCACGCGCAGCGCAUGACGAACUUCAUUUGCUGCCCGAGGGAAUUGUCGACGAACCGAUAAUACCUUUAGUACUGGUAUCAGCUACUGGAGGACCUAGUUCUGCUGUGGCGGUGAGUAUGGAUCUCCCCGGAUAUCAAUAUCAGGGUCUUCAUGGAGGAGGACAUGGACAUCCCACGACAGUGCAUCACGGUCAUGGUUCGUCGUCGCACUUACUACAACUACCGAACCUGGGAAACAACGACUCUUCAGCCUCUGUCUUGCAUUUAGACGGUCCUACUAGUUCAGGACCACCGGUUGGAGGAGGUUUUCUUGGGGCUUCUUCUGUUUCACAGAUCGGCUCCUAUGACCACUUGCGUGAUCCAUCGAGUAGUCCGCCACCGCCACUGAUCGAGGACGUUCUGGAAUCUUCUGAACUUUUUCCGCCUGACGCCUAUUUUGGAGAGAUAAAGAAGGAGCAAAUAAAGCCGAUUUUCGAAUUCGACUUGUCUGGAGUAGGGCAUUCAUCAUCUGCGAGUGUGAUUGGUCUUGGGGAAGGCGGUGGAUCGUUUGAUGGUAACAAGUUGCUUCAUCUGGACGCUGCAAAUUGCAAUGGGACAGCGACGCACGUCCCACCCUCUGGCAUUAGUGCAGUAUCUGCGAUUUCAUCAAGCAGCUCGGUUCUACUUCAGACUGUCACGAGCACGCCUUCAGCAAUUCCUGCUGGCUUCAGCACUAACAGUUGCCUCUCUUCUGCUUCUACAGCAAGACUGAUGAGUAGUAGUUCUCGCGGAGAUCGGGAUGAUUAUUUCGAAGAGAAUAGCCAUUCUCUUGCAGCAGUGAUUCGCGGUCGCGCGCCACCGCCACACAUACCUUCUUUUCAACCGGCUGAAAGUCUAGAGGAUUUGUUUGCUUCGCCUCAGAUGCUGCCCCAUAACCUGACAAAUAUCCAAGAAGAAGAAAGCGCAGACGUUGAAACGGAGGAGAACAGCAGGUCUGGGAAAGCAACGGGUGGUCUGAACACUGCCGUCAGUGUCACCCCUCGAGGGACACAGACACGCGGGCCAGGCAGCCUAGGCAGCAACUACGUUAUUGGCGGCCCAGGUGGUGCAGGGACAACAGGAGCACUUCUAGGAGGUCCUCCCACUACAGUGAAUUCCUCACCUACCGUCUUUGGACCUGCAAGUCGAGUUUCGCCAAGUGGGUCACCUAUCACACUGGCCUCCGCUAGUCCACCCGAACCAGCCUCGCCUGGUCCCCCAUUGCUUUCACGAGGAGCUACGAUUCACCAGCAUCAGAUGCAGAAUCUCAUAGACGAAGGGGAUCUCCGCGAACGUCUCGAGCGUGCGUGUGUGUUACGCGACAACCUGGCGCAAAACGUAGCACUAGUCGAACAAGACGCUGAAACAAUGGCAGGAGGAGGUACGAGUACAAACGUGCAACACCCGGAUUCUCCAGGCAAGACUGUAGGCGGGAGCGGAACAUCAACGAACGCGCAUCAAAACAAUUCCGGGACCACGAGUGCUGCUUCUCCAUCGUGGCCAGAGAUGAUAGAUCAAUUCGUGCAUAUGAGAAUUUCACGAGACGCCUCAAAGUCCAAUCAUGGCGGCGCUCCGUUUUUCGCUACUGGAACGCCUACAUCUUCAAUGGAGAAAAGCUAUAAUAACAGAGGUGGUGGUGGUUCAAGUAGUUCUUCACAUUUCUUUAGUCGAAGCGAUCGGAAAGAAUUCAUGGACCAACAACAACAUGGUUCGUCCUCUUCUGGGAAUCACAGCACAGGUGGAGGUGGGGUGGAAGAAUUGCGAGAAAAGGAGCAUUAUCAGAGCUACUUACAGCCUAGCUACAAUGUCAUGGACAACUACGAAUUGCGUU